AUGAGCGUGACCUCAGUGGUGUUCCCCUACCUCUACAGCAUCAUCUUUAUAGUCGCACUGGCCCUUACCUGUAGCUGCUUGAUCUUCUGCAACAUCCCAAACACGUCAACGUUUUUGGUCUUUUUAAAGAAUGUGGUGGCGGCUAACUUGUUGAUGACUUUCACAAUCCCUAUGAAGAUUAUAACCGAUGCCGGUGUGGGAUCGGGGAUACUGAGAGUGAUCUACUGCCGUUACUCUGCGGUCCUUUUCUAUACCACUAUGUACAUCAGCAUCAUUUUCCUGGGCCUCAUCAGUCUAGAUCGAUACAUGAAGAUAGUCCAACCUUUUGGAAAAGACGUUUUGCACCGGAUCAGGCUUGGUCAAGUGAUCAGCGCAGCUGUCUGGGUCACUAUCUUUUGUUUAGCACUCCCCAAUUCGAUUCUAAGCAAGCCACCACGCUACAAUGGAGGACAAGUGAAGUGUACCUCCAUGAAGAGUAAGCGGGGCCUGGAUUGGCAUGAAGGAUACAACUACUUCUGUCAGUUCAUCUUCUGGGGAACGCUGACCGUGAUGGUGUACUGCUACACGUUCAUCAGCAAGAAGGUUUAUGACUCCUACAAAGCAUCGAAAAGCAGCUCUAAAGCAGCCAGUCGCAGAACCAAAGGGAAAGUCUUCGUGGUGGUGGUUGUGUUCUUCAUCAGCUUUGCCCCCUAUCACUUUGUACGUAUACCCUACACUCUGACCCAGACCCGCGACAUGAUGACCUGCUGGGAGAAGAAUGCACUGUACAUCGCCAAAGAGACCACACUGUGGAUGUCGGCUUUUAACGUGUGUCUGGUUCCGCUCAUUUACGUGUUCCUGUGUAAGGUUUUUAGGAGAAGACUCACAGCUACGGUCGGCCGUGCAGAAGAAGUCCCACAUGGUCGCGUCACACAGCUGGAGAUGACAAACACUGGCACGUCGAUGUAACACCGUUGAUAAAAGGCUAAACUGUAUUUUUUACCGAGUUAGAAAAUGCUUGGUAGAUAUGGAUACUUGGAAGGUGAUUUUAGAAAUGCUGGGGAAUUGAUGUCCACUUCUGAUAAAACUGCCGUUUUGGCAGCAUCCUAACCAUGGCUCCUGUGCAUUUACAAGCUUGGGAUUAUAUCUCCACUAUGGAUGCCGUUUCCUCUCACAAAAGUGAGUCCACCCCUUAUUAUUUAGCAACCAUUUCAAAGGCCUACUGAAAUGAAAUGUUCUUAUUUAAACGGGGAUAGCAGAUCCAUUCUGUGUGUCAUACUUGAUCGUUUUGCGAUAUUGCCAUAUUUUUGCUGAAAGGAUUUAGUAGAGAACAUCGACGAUAAAAGUUUUGGUCGCUGAUAAAAAAAAGCCUUGCCUGUACCGAAGUAGCGUGACGUCACAGGUUGAAGGGCUCCUCCCAUUUGCACAUUGUUUACACCAGCAGCGAGAGCGAUUCGGACCGAGAAAGCGACGAUUACCCAUUAAUUUGAGCCAGGAUGAAAGAUUUGUGGAUGAGGAACAUUAGAGUGCAGUGCAGGACGUAUCUUUUUUCGCUCUGACUUAGUACAAGGGC